UUACAGAUGAAAAUGGACAAAGGCAACAUGUGUGGCAGACAUCAUGGGCUAUUAGAACGCUAUUUGUUGGAGGUAUUAUCAUGACUCAUGGGGAUGACCUUGGCUUAAUGCUUCCACCUAGGGUGGCACCUGUACAGGUUUUGAUUGCCCCAAUAUGGAAGAAAGCAAUGACAGAACUGGAGUUCUUAAUGCUACAUCAUCAGUGAAAGAAACUCUGCAAGCAGCUGGAAUAAAGGUCAAGGUCGAUGACUUUGAUCAGAGAACACCUGGAUGGAAAUACAACUUUUGGAAGAUCAAGUAUGAUCAAGCUGCCCAAGCGGCUGAUCCCGGACAGGCCAGUUCAACUAGAGUUGCCCACCACCCAACCGGAGCCUAGUGCAGGAUUUGAUAUAGAGGGGCAGCAGCACCUGCCUGCAGACGACCGGCAACCUGAUGAUGGUGAUGAUCUUGAUGACAAUAACAUGACGAACUUGCAGUGGCUGCCGGCGGUGAUUGGACCUUGUUUUACCACCAUUAGCAUUGGCAUAGCCUUGCAAUAUUUUCAAACCCUUGCACCAGUACCUGCAACCUUCCCGUUGUCAUGCAUGGCUAUCCUGCUGAUGUUUUGUGCUUAUUGGGCAUCUAUUAUACUACAACGCCAUCACCCCGAGGCAUCUAGUUUCAUGGGCCAAGUCUCAAUUUUCUUCGCCGUUAUUCCGGUUGUGUUGGUCUUUCCUGUUGAUUACCGAUCCAAGCUGAUAUUUAUCGCCCUCUUCAUCUUUGGAGGGCUCGUCAUAAAAGUCCUUCCGCUCAAGACUUGUCAUAGGAGUGCAGGGCUGCUGCCAACUUGUGGUCGAGACACCUGAACAUCCAUCCACAGACAAGAUUUGGCGGCAGGUUGGCGGAUUCAGAGAUAAAAGAGUCAAGUUGUUUUACAAAAGUUUGUCUUUGAAUUGUUUAUUCCUUUUUUUUUUUUAACUCCCUCCGUGUCAAUUUGUGCCAACCAUUAAUAUUCUUUAAUUUGGGUAGCUGCACAAUUGGGAGACCAUAACAGAAUCUGCGAAGGAAUUGAGAAGAGAACGAACCAUCAAGUCAAACAAGUUGAAAACGAUCUUCAUCACUCGGACAUGAGACUCGUAGACUUGAAAAAAAAUAGAGUGACUGCAGAAGCCCCCCAUCUGAUUUAAGUAAGCUAGUGUUUGAAUUUUGAAAUAUUAUAAAAUAGAAUGAAUGACACUUGCCAUCGAUCGAUAGAGUAAUAUGUUUUGACUUUUAUUGAAAAUGUCGACAUUAAGUUAUUAUUUUUCAGUUCUCAAGCAAAUAAUUCGACUUUGAUUUGAUACC